CCAUGACAACACAACACUUUGCCAUGGCGUCCCUGUUACCAGACCUGUUGUUUGAAACUUCUGGACGCGGUCCUCCGCCCAAUACGAAUUUUUAUUCUUUCAUAAUCACCAAGUCAGAUGUGAUAUGGAGAUGGUGGAAGAUAUCCCCGAGAACUGUAGACAGGAACUCCAAACCUGGGGAGCUCAAGGAGUCUCACCAGGACUUCUUGGAUGACAGUGUGCUGCAAAGGGAGGUCGGUAUGGUUUUCGGUGGUCGAAUCUUGGAGUACAUCAAGGCUUUGUGCCAAGGCCAUUAUGAUUAUCUAGAGCGCCUGUCCGACUCCUUACUUCUGCGGAUAAUAAAUUAUCUAGAACUAGAGGAUGUGGGUCAGCUUGGACGAACGUCACGCAGGUUCAUGCAGCUGUGUGGGUCAGAGGAGUUUUGGGAGCAGGUAGUGCAGCGGCGCUGCAACACCGUGUCGGCUGAGGUUGGAUCUCUGGCGCUUGAGGUGGGCUGGCGCACCAUCUUCUUCACCAACAAGCUGCAGCUGCAGAAGUUGAUCAGUCGCAGGAGGCUGAAGACUGAGGAGCAUCCAGAAGGACAGGCCCCUGAAUCAGAUACAGAGGGAGAGGAAUCUCCUGAUGAAAGCUCAAAGACAGAGCAGACAUUCGGUUCUGAGGAGAAAUCUCACCCUGCCAUUAUCUCCGUUGGCAAUGAUCCUGGUGCUGGCUUUGAGACCAGCUCUUACUGUGAUGUCGACCCUGACCUUAACUCUGAACCAGAGGCUGGCUCUGAUUCCAGUGUGUCUGUACCUUCCCAACUGUUUGAGGACACCAAGUGGGGUGGGAACGCCAGUGCAGAACAGGACACUGAGCAAUAAAUAGUAGAGCAGAACGCCAUACAGACAAGACACUGAGUUAAUCCUUUAGUCUGAUAUUGCUGAAGUCCUGUGUUUCUGUUGUAUUGAUAUGCCAUUUAUACACAUUCAUCAAACUAAAAGUUGUGUAUUGAUUCUAAUAUUAUCUUUUAUUUGUCAAAUAUGAAUUCUUUUUUACGGUUGAUAUGAUUUUUGAGUUCAUAUCAUAUCUUUUGUUCAUUGUAAUAUACAAUAUUGUAAGUUGUAGAUGUAAUAUACAUUUAAUUCUGCUGUCUGUGUCAUUCAUGAACUCACUCUGAGUAAAAUCUCAGUAAUACUUGCCACCUUACGAUGAGACUCAACUUUACUUGAGGGGACACAAACAUUGUAAGUAGUGGUAAGAUAUUUAUGUUGCUUAGUAACAAAUCAAUAUGACACUUCACUUUAAUUGGGUGGCUAAAUAGUGAGUCAUUGCUAUCUAGCAGUCUUCUGAAAUACCAUUAUCUUGUUGUUAUUAUUAAGUUUGACACUCUUUCCAUUUUAAUGUUUGUUUACCAGAUCAAUGUUGUAUUUUUAACUGCUCCAUCUCCUGUGAGAUAGCGACGUGAUAUCAGCCAAGUCAGUCUGUUCUCCCAUCAGCCACUGCAGAAGGGAGGUUCCCGUCAUCCGUACAGGUACCCAAAACUCCUUCAUCUAGCUGCUUGUAUGGAGGAGUAGCAGUUUGAGACAGACAAUUAAAAAAAGUAACGCUUUUAGGUUUUUAAAUUGAAACAAUAUAAAGUUAGGAUAAACACAACACAAAUGUGUCA